UUUUUAGGUCAGACUCCUCUCCAUAGUCCAUACUCCAUACCUUAGUUUCCUCUUCAGCUAUACUAUCGAUAGCCGGUAUACACUUUACAUAUCUCUCUCUCUCUCUCUCUCUCUCUCUCUCGCUCGCAGAAACUCUUAGGUAUUCCAGGCUAAUUAGCAACAAAAAGUUAUCAUAUAGAGAAACAUGAGGAUGAUAGACUUGGGAAGCCAAAGGGGUCCCCUACAUAUUAUGGACACUGCAACCUCCGUAGAGUGUGGCAGAGAAGUGAGGCUCCGACGAUCCUUUCGGUCCCUGGUGGAGUGCAUGGUCCCAUGCUGUGGCUUCCAACCAUCCGACUCCCUCUCGAGCGACACCGACUCAACUCACGGCUCUUCCUCUAGUAGUAGUACCGUGACCGGUACCUUCUUCGGUUACAGGAAAGGGCGAGUCAGCUUCUGCCUACAAGACGACACGCGAAGCUCACCUCUUCUGCUGCUGGAGUUCGCCAUCCCCACCGCCUACCUGGCAAGGGAGAUGCAGUACGGCUUGCUCAGAAUCGCGCUCGAGUGUGACAGACAAAAGGAUAUCAGGUCCAUGAGCUCCUCCACCUGCUCGCUCUUCAACGUGCCCGUCUGGUCCAUGUACUGCAACGGCCGGAAGGUGGGGUUCGCCAUGAAGCGUCAGAUGACGGUGAGCGAUGUGGCAGUGCUGAAGCAGAUGCAGACGGUCUCUGUCGGGGCUGGUGUUCUGCCUGUUGCGCCCCACAAGUCCGAAGUGGACGGGGAUGGGGGUGACCUCAUGUAUCUAAGAGCCAGCUUCGACCGAGUCAUUGGCUCGCCCAACUCCGAGUCCUUUCACAUGAUUAACCCCGUUGGGAGUUCCGGCCAGGAGCUCAGCAUAUUUCUUCUCCGAUCGUGACAGCCAAAGCCGUUUACCGUAUUCACGAUUAUUUGCCGGACCCGCGCGAAUGAACGCAGUAUUUAUAUAGUUUUUUGUUUUUGUUUUUUGUUUUUUUAUGAGCAAUACAGGUGAAAGGGGAGGGAUGCAGUAUUUAUAUAGUUAUUAUAUAUCACUGGAUCCCAAGUGCCUAUAUUCAUGCAUUAGGAAAGUCAGCGAUCUUAAUCUUAUGGCAUGCAUGCUGUAUGUAUGUGCGUAUGUAUUAUAAUUGAUAAUUUCUAAUUUCAGAUGCGAUUCAGAACGAAAAA